AUGACUCCCCCCUUCAACCGCAUUCCUAAUAAUCCCACUAUAAUCGACGACAAAACCCCUCAUAUCCUCCCAUUUAUUCUCAGUCAUCUAACCCUUCAUCAAAAGGCUCAUCCAACUCGCCCCUUCAUUAUCGGUCUAAAUGGCAUUCAAGGAGCCGGGAAGACCACACUCGUUAAUACUCUAUAUGAAAUCCUCACUCGAGAUCACGGGCUUGAAACUUUGGUACUGAGUAUCGAUGAUUUAUAUUUGACAAGAGAAGACCAGGAGAAAUUGGCGAGGGAAAAUGAAGGGAAUAAACUAGUUAAAUAUAGAGGAGAACCUGGAACCCACGACAUCCCCCUCGCCCGCCAACUCUUCACCACCCUCCUCCAAACCCCACCCCAGCCAACCCCCAUCCCCUUCUACGAUAAAUCCCUCCACCACGGUCUCGGCGACCGAUCCCCCACCUUUCGCACCGUAAACGACACUGCUCAAAACCAGCGACCCAUCCAAAUAAUCCUCUUCGAAGGCUGGUGCGUUGGAUUUCGCUCACUGUCUCUAUCCUCCAUAGCCCACGCCCACCAAGCAAGUCUUGCCCUCCCUCCCACCUCCACAACUUAUACCACUCUCCGCGAUCAUCCGCUAUCUUCCCUGCUCUUCAUUAAUGAGAAAUUGAGAGAAUAUGAUGUGAUCACCGAUACCUUUAAUAUAUUCAUCCAAAUCGAUGCGUUAGAUACGCGAUACGUAUAUGAAUGGAGACGAGAACAAGAAGAAGUAUUGAGGCGCGAAAAGGGAAUGGGGAUGACGGAUGAACAGGUGAAGGUAUUCGUAGAUGGGUAUUAUCCCGCUUAUGAAUUAUUUCUAGAUGGGGUUCGACGGGGGAUCUUCGAGGGAAAGAAACCGGAAGAAGAAUGGAGGGGAAAGCAGCUAAGAUUAGUCGUAGGGAAAGAUAGACGAGUUGUAGAUGUGGGAACGACCGGACAGACUUGCAUCGAAACUGGGCAUUUUCAUACAAACGCAUGCAUUCUCAGACCAGACAGACUUGCAUCGAAACAGGGCUUCUUCACACAAACACAUUUGCAAAAAUUCUAUAUUGCCAUUUAUCAGAAAGCAAAUGGGUAUCUCGAAAUAGCUAGCGAAGAACUCCCCGCCAAAUGGAAAUAUUAUGACCCAUAUCGUUAUUCCGUUCUCGGACGCCAAACCUCAGGCGCUGUCAUCCCUAUGCCAAAUACCUAG